CCAAGAACUCCGGAUCAGAUCAUACUAAGGAAAUAUUCGGAGGAGGGGAGGGGGGGAGGCUGAUUUCAUCGCAGCCAUGACUGACACCAACAACUAGUUACUACAGAUUUAAAGACUCAGCAUGCCAACUGAAUACAUCCUGUAUUUGUUCAUCUUUCCCAGUCUUUCUGUGGGAUGCCAUCCAGGGAAAAAAACAGCUCAACAGCAGGAUGCUACACGUCUGCACUACAGAGCUGUGGAGGGGGAGACCUUUAUGUUGCCGUGCAUUAAUUCUUCGCCGACUGUGUGGUCCAGGACUGGAGAAGGCGGAGAAGAAUAUAAAGGUCAUUCGUUUGACUGUGGGAAAGCAUUCUUAGCUGAAGCAAAACAUUCUGGAAAGUACACAGACCUCACAAGGUCUCUGCUGUCCAGUGGCAGCAAGCUCAUCUUCCAUCUACAGGUGGAGAAACUCAGUGUGGGAUGCUACCAACCUGGAGAGAAAAGCCAUGUAACGUUGCGUCUGACUGCUGGAGGGAAGCUCACCUGCCCAGGCCUCAAAUGUAGCAACAACACAGAUGUCCUUUGGUACAAGGGCGACAAGACUAAGUCUUGUGUAGACAAUGGGGAGUUACAAUUCAAACCAGUCCGUGAACGUGACGGGGGUGUAUAUUUCUGUGACAGACGACUGAGGGAGGAAAAUAUCACAUGGACGCUCAGGAGGGCUGUUAGCGUCACAGUCACACCACGUAGUUCGCCAAGUUCCCCACCGACGAUUCUUAAUAACAGCGAGCCAGAGGAAGUGGAGCUUGGUCUCCCUUACAAUCUGACCUGUAAGGUGAGCUUCGAAUAUGAAGAAGGGUUUUCACCAAAGGUAUUGUGGUACAUGAAUUACAACGGCAACACGGAGAAUACGACUCUGCUGCCCUCGGAGGAGCUUCAUCCGCAGCGAGAGAUUCUUGAGGAAUUAAAGAUCAUUCAGGUCUCCAUCAUAAAAAAGGUGACGCCACAGCACUUGAACCACACGUAUACCUGCAGCACAAGUAAUGCCGUAGGAAACAGCAGCAUCACUAUCAAGCUUAAAAGGAGAAAUAAAGCAAAAUGGCCCUGCCUGGUUGGACAUGCUGUUGUGUCCUUCCUGGUGGUAGCUGGGCUGGGAGGGAUCGUGCAUUUGAAAAGGCUGGAAUUGGAGAUUAUCUACAGAUCCUACUUUCAAUAUGGAAAACAUGAUACAGAAAAGAAACAGUUUGACGUGUUUCUCUCGUACGCAUGGAGCCCUCUGUUAGCAGAUGUUACGAAAAGUUGGACUCUUUCCUCCAGAUCAGGAUCUUUCAAAAAUGAGGAAGCAUGUCAAUCUAUCACAGAACUGUUCAGCACAGAUGACGGUGAAGCCACCCAGAGACCACUGGAAGUGUUGCUUCCCAAGGUGCUGGAGGACCAGUGGGGGUAUCGACUCUGUCUGUUAGACAGAGACAUGCUUCCUGGUGGAGCAUACACAAAUGAUGUGGUCCUUGCAAUAGAGAGAAGCCGAAUGCUCAUCUGCGUCCUGUCAGCCGACUACCUCACCAACAGCAAUGCUGUCUUUGUGCUGGAAUCAGGAAUCCAGGCUUUGCUGCAAAAGCGUGCCCUCAAACUCCUGCUAAUAUGGACGAGUGGAGCGUCUGGAUCCCUCAUGGAGGCAGACCCUCCACUGCCCACCCUGGUCCGAAAGGCCCUGAGGGUGUUGCCCAGUCUGAAAUGGAGCUCAAGCAAACCUGCCAGAUCCAAAAGCAACUUCUGGGGAUCUUUAAGGAAGGCUAUGCCCAACAUAGACAGUGAGGCUGGCUUCAGUCAUGCAGCACCAAUGAUUAAAUUGUGUUAGAAGUAUUAUAUUUCCAACACCGUGUACAGUUUUUUUUUGUUGUUUUUUCUUUUUUUAAACUUUCUAAUACAGAAAUGCAAAUUCUACUCCUACACUUGUUACUUUACGUGAUUUCAGUGCGAGACCGGAAACAAAAAAAUAAAUGACGGAAGUUUCCAUGAUGAAAAUUAAAAUGUCAUGUUCAAAUGUAGGAAAAAGUGUCAACCUCAGCGCAAUGCUCAUGGUCCAGUGGUGAUGUGUGAAUUUCCAUCUGUACCAAAAAUAAACUGUCAGCCCAACAGUGGAAAAUCAUUUUUCUCUUGCAACUCUGCAGUUUAAAUGAUUAAAAUAAUGGGAGAGAAAAUGUACUAGUAAGCUUAAAAACAACAGAUGCUCUAAAUUAUUAAACAAAGUUAACAUUCAAAUGGUUUCUCGUGGAUUUUGUUACUGUCAAUAUGUCAGCAAUAAAAAAACAA